GCAGAUUACUAUAAGUGGAACUUUCAUAUCGAUUAGUAUAAUCAUCAAUACAUAAUAUUCGUAUAUAGACUACAAGACUAUCAAUCGCCAUAUCUAUAGCCAUAAUAACAAUUGUUUGAAAUUAAAAUAAUUAGUUUAAUCCCUAUACACUGACAAUGUUAUAAAUAAUAAAGAAACUAUAAUGAUCAAGCAAACAAUUAGAACAGGAAAUAGAAAACAUUCAUAAAUAAGGACAAACCGAUAAAACAAUUUAACCAUCUUUAGAAUAGAAAAUAAGAAAGUUGCGGACACAUUAACACUUUCAAGAAGUGGUUUAAAGCAUCCUCUCCAGAAAACAACACCUCUCUUCUGCACAAAUACAAACAGAUCUUCUACAACCAGAUUCCUCUUUGGAAAUAAGAGUGAGUUAUCACAGAAGUAACAAUGUCUAAACACGAUGAUUUUGGAUUAUCCAUUAUCAAAGAUGGCGUUUCCAAAGUCAUCAAAGUCUUCGAGGUCUUGGACAUUAGAUAGUAUGCGACAGGCAUUGCAAGCCGUGGAUGGGGGAAUGUCAAUACGUAGCUCUGCAGAACUUUUUGGAAUACCUCGGAACACUUUGACCUCAUAUGUUGCCAGCGAGCUCAGACCUGACGACGAGAUGAAGUUUAUGGAAAACUUUGAUCCUGAGAAAAGCAAACGGGAGCAGAGAAAAUUGAGCAGAAAGAUUUCUAAUGUGUCCAAAAGGAGCACAGUGUAUGACGAUAAGGGAUUCCACGUCAAGACAGGGCUAGAUCUCUGUGACUGUCUGAAUGAUAUGUGCGAAGGUUGUUUUUUUUCAUGCCCCAAGUGCCGCUCUUUUAAGUGUGGUCAGGAGUGCAGACAAAAUCGACGGUGGAUGUACGAGUCCUAUCAUAUCCAGGGAACAGAUGAAGUGGUCAGCAACCAGUAUCUUGACCAUUGAUCAUUAACAUCGCCUCGUGUUUUCAUUUGUUCUGUUCCUACUUGUAUUUAUUUUGUACCACAUUUUUUAAUCACUGUUGAUUUCCUUUUAAAUACAUUGAAAUGUUUCAAUA